AAUUUCUCACUUGCCUUAGCCAGCAGCCAAGUGAAAGCAAACAGAGCUCUCUCUUCUCUCUAUACUUUUCAUCUCAAAAUACGAAAAUAUAUCAGUUUUUUUUAGAAGAAAAUAUCAAGUUAUAUGUAUAUUACAAAAAGCAUAGUAUCGAGUAAGAACAAUAUGUCGAUAAGACGUAUCUAUCCAUGCCUUAAUGUUCUCAUCAAAAGAUCAUGUCCUUUCUUUCUUUGAUCUAUCACCAGACCACAACAAAAAAUCUUUAUUUUUUCUUCUUUCUCUCUUUUUUUCUUUCUCUAGCUUCUAUUGUAACAAUCAAAAAUCAAGAAUGGUACGGACACCGUGCUGCAGAGCAGAAGGGUUGAAGAAAGGAGCAUGGACUCAAGAAGAAGACCAAAAGCUCAUUGCAUACGUUCAACAUCACGGUGAAGGAGGUUGGCGAACCCUUCCCGACAAAGCUGGACUCAAAAGAUGUGGAAAAAGCUGCAGAUUGAGAUGGGCCAAUUACCUUAGACCUGACAUUAAGCGUGGUGAGUUUAGCCAAGAGGAGGAAGAUUCCAUCAUUAAUCUCCAUGCCAUUCAUGGCAACAAAUGGUCAGCCAUAGCUCGUCGAUUACCAGGAAGAACAGACAACGAGAUCAAGAACCACUGGAACACUCACAUCAAGAAACGUCUUAUAAAGAAAGGCAUCGAUCCCUUGACCCACAAAUCACUUGACCAUUCCGAGACAUUGCCGGAUAAAAGCAUCGGUCAUCAGGAGGAUGAUGAUCAGAAGUCAAACAAUAAAAAGUCCUUAGGGCCAUCAUCAGCUCGGUUCCUGAACAGAGUAGCAAAUAUAUUUGGUAAGAGACUCGACCACAGUGCUCUGUCUGAUAUUAUUGGAAGUGGUGGCCCAUUUACUACUCACACUACUCCAACUACUAGUGCUUCUGAAUGUGAGAAGUCAACAAGUUCUCUUUCCACACCAAACUCUUCUAAUCUCCACAUGAUCCACGAUGCAACAUCUUUGUCCUCGUCUACGUUCUCUAACGAUACCUCCGCUCAGUUAGUGUACGACAAUAUCUUUGAUGACGUAGAAGAUAUGACGGGAUUUUCAUCAAGAUUUUUGAAUGAUAUUGUUUCUCAUGAUGAUGAAGAUCUCUUGAUGCUGGAUGAAUCUUCUUCAGACAAUACUUUGUUCAUGAAGGAACUUACAAUGAUUCUCAAAGGGGAUAAAACCGAGACGAUGUCGUUUAAUGAUAGCCACCUGGCGGCCAUCAAUGUUGUUGAUGACUACUCCUUUGAAGGGAUUGACAACUGGUUUGGAUAAAGUAUAUGUACAUACUUGUUCAGAUGUUUAAAAAAUGGUUGAGAUAUUAGUUUCCUGCGGGAUUGAAAGUCAACAUUUUAUGAUGAUGAUGAAAAUAUGCAAGUAUAUCAAUUAGAAUUUGAUUUUUCUGAGUUUUUAAUAUAGUUCGUGUGAGUUUCUA